AUGUCUGGUAUAUUAUUUGAAGAUAUGUUUAUUGUGGAUUCUACUGAUCCUGGUAGAUACAACAAAGUAUGCAGAAUAACAGGACAUUCUUCAACAUCCAAAGAUAUCACUAUUACAUUAGAUAUAAACAGUGAAUUAUUUCCAGUUCAAAAUAAUGAUUCAUUAACUAUUACAUUAGCUUCAUCAUUAGGUAAUGAAGCAUCAAUGAUAACUUCAAAUGGUUCAUGGAGACCUCCAAAAGCAGAUGAUAGAUCAUUAGCUGAUGAUUAUGAUUAUGUUAUGUAUGGUACUGUUUAUAAAUUUGAAGAAAGUAGUGAUACUGAUAAAAUGUCCGUUUAUAUUUCUUUUGGUGGUUUAUUGAUGCGUUUAGAAGGUGGUUAUCGUUCUUUAUCAAAUUUGAAACAAGAAAACGCUUAUAUUUUGAUUCGUCAUUACAAAGAUAAUUAG